AUGAAUUCUUGUGCUUCCUUCUCUCGUUGUUUGUCACGGAAUUGGCGGCUCCAAAUCCCCAGUUGUAACCAUCCCCAAUCCAUACAAGUAGCUGGACUCUGUCUGCGCAGAUACUCAAACCCCACUAUGACUCCCAAGCCGCCACAACCUGCUGCUCGAGUUGCAGGUAGGAAACAAGAUGUCUGGACCAUCGUCAACGAAGGCGCCGCAGCAUCUCCCAAGCAGCCAAUUGUCAACAUGGGACAAGGGUUCUUCGGCUACAACCCACCGGAAUUCAUCAUCGAUGCUGCGAAGCAAGCGUUGGACAAAGUCGAAUGCAAUCAAUAUAGCCCGACUCGAGGGCGCCCACGCCUAAGGAAGGCCCUCGCAGAUGCAUACUCUCCACUAUGGGGACGGAAAUUGAAUCCAGAUACCGAGAUUACCAUUACAACUGGAGCAAAUGAAGGAAUGCUGAGUGCAUUCAUGGGUUUCAUCGAGGAGGGAGACGAAGUUAUUAUAUUUGAACCCUUUUUCGAUCAAUACAUAUCCAACAUCGAAAUGCCUGGUGGAAAAAUCGUUUACGUACCGCUUCAUCCACCCCCUAAAGGAGCAACCCAAAACUCCUCGGCAGGCGAAUGGACAAUCGACUUCUCUGAGCUUGAAGCUGCUAUCUCCCCAAAGACGAAGAUGAUUGUUCUCAACACUCCACAUAACCCAGUUGGGAAAGUCUUCUCUAAAGACGAGUUGCUGAAGAUCGGCGAGUUGUGUGUCAAGAACAACAUUAUCAUACUCUCGGAUGAGGUUUAUGAUCGCCUGUACUAUGUCCCUUUCACACGUAUUGCCACCUUAUCCCCUGAGAUCGAAAGUUUGACUCUCACUGUUGGCUCAGCCGGCAAGAACUUUUAUGCCACAGGAUGGAGAGUAGGAUGGCUGAUUGGACCACCACAUCUAAUCGAGUACGUUGCCGCAGCACAUACUAGAAUUUGCUACUCCUCGGUAUCGCCACUACAAGAAGCCGCAGCUGUCGGAUUUGAGCAGGCUGAUGCCAAUGGUUUCUGGCAAUCGGCAGUCGAAGAAAUGAGAGGCAAAGUGGAUAGAUUCAAUGAGAUCUGGAAGGAGCUUGACCUCCCAUUCUCAGACCCUGAAGGUGGAUAUUUCGUUUUGGUCAACAUGAAGAAAGUCAACUUGCCAGCCGACUACCCCUUCCCUGAUCAUGUCAAGAAUAGACCGAGGGACUUCAAGUUGAGUUGGUUCUUGAUUCAAGAAGUCGGAGUGGCUGCUAUACCUCCAACCGAGUUUUACACUGAUGAUAACGCACAUAUUGGCGAGGACUGGUUAAGGUUUGCCGUCUGCAAGGAGGAUGCGGUGCUGGAGAGUGCCAAGGAGAGAUUGAGAGGUUUGAAGAAAUAUAUCUCAAACUAA